AUGGAUUCCAAAGAUAGAGUGAUUCUCAACUUAUUUUACGAAUGAUCAGGAACUCAGCCAGGACAAAGCGUGUUCGUAGUAGGGUCGAUCCCAGUCUUAGGCUCAUGGGAUAUAAAUAAAUGUAUUGAAAUGUACACAGACAAGCUGAUAUAUCCUCAAUGGACUACUAAGGUGUUAAUACCUUCAGGAACAACAUUUGAGUAUAAAUAUCUUAUUGCUAAUAGUCAUGACCGGAAUAUCGUUAGGUGGGAGGUUCUGCCUUAUAAGUACAACAGAACUCUUAUAGCCACGGCAUGACAAUCCAUUGUGAUCAAUGAGAUGGAAGGCAUGUUUGAAAGGGGAGUUGAGUAUGUCACUCCUAGUUUUUCGAACUAUAAAACAUCAAAAUAAGCCAGAGCCUCUUUUAGAGAUCUCCAAAAUGAUUAAAAAUAGGGAGUUAGGAAAGAAGAUCAAUAAAGAUUCAACAAAAGAAGUGUAUCAGAGCCAUAUGACUGAAAUAAAAGAAGAAGAGAAAAGAAUUGGGGAAUCUGAUGAAGAUUUAGACCAUAAAAAUCAGAAUACAGGAGAAGCAAGGUCCCAGGCAGCCAUGCCUAAUACCAACCAAUUUGAUAUAAGGAAGAAGUACUCUCAAGUUGAAUCUGAUGAAGAGGAGGGCCUCAAGGUUAUCAGAAUAGAAAGUGAAUCAGAUAAUCAUGAUGUUCGUUUCAUGGCAGAGAAUGAAAGUGAAACACCUCUUGGUCACAACUUUUUCGAAUCUGGUUCUGAAGAAAGUGAUUACCAAGAGGAAGAAGAUGAAGAGCACGAUAAUAGUUUUGAUUACAUGAACGAGGAAGAGAAGGACCUUAUUUUCACUCCUAAUGAUUGUGUUAUUAUGGCUUCAAUUAAGCUACCUUUAGCAGUAAAGAAAAGGGAGAAUGGCAAGCUUGAGUUGGUACCAUCAGGAUCUAUCCUAAAUCAUCAGAUGUAUAAUAUUCGUCAGAAAUCUCCAAUCAAUGCCGUCUGGGUUGGGCUACCCAACUACAUCCCUGAGAACACUGAAGAAGAAGAGGAGAUCAUUAAGCUUUAUGAAGAAGCUAACUGCAGUCCUAUUUUUGUGGAUGAAGAAUUUAAUGAAGAAUUUUAUAAUUAUUAUGAACAUGUAAUGAAGCCCUUAUUCUACAACUUUAAAGGACUCUAUGAUGAUUACACUUUUGAGAACAGGCAGGAUAACUGGCAGUGUUAUAAAAGAAUGAAUGAGAAGUUUGCCUCAAAAAUUAUGGAAGUUAAGGACAAAUAUGAGGCAGAAAGGGCUAAUAUUUUCAUAUGGCUCAACAACCAUCAACUAUUCUUAGUGCCCCAAUUUCUUAGAAGGAGUAUCAGAGAUUCUCACAUCGGAUUGUAUAUCCACUCGCCCUUUCCAAGCUCAGAUGUUUUUAGGAUCUUUACUUAUAAACAUGAAAUUUUGAAGUCUAUUCUGGAAUGUGAUUGCAUCGGAUUUCAUGUUUUCGAACAAGCCAGGCAUUUCAUGGUCUGAUGUAAAAGAGUUAUGGGUAUUGAAAACGAAAUGGCAAAGAAUGGAAAUUAUAUUGUAAAGUAUAAGAAAGAUAAGCCUGUCAUGAUCAGAAUCGGUCAUGCAGGAGUGACUCCAAGUUACAUCCAAAAUAUUGUAAAAUCCCCUGAAUUUAAGAAGAAGUUUGACCAGAUAGAAAUGAGACAUAGACGUAUCCAAAUAGCUUCUAUUGAUCCUUUGUCUCAUUAUUCUGGCAUUAGAGCAAAGUUGAUUGCAUACCAUAAAUUCUUAGGAAUGAAAGCUUACUACAAAAGAGACUGUAAGCUAAUUCAAUACAUCAAUCUAUCUAAGGUGUACGGUGAGGAGUACUAUCAAGAGCUAAAAGACUCUAUUGAUGAAAUGUACGAGAAAAUCAAGAAAGAUUAUGGAGAAGAAGUAAUAGAGAUUGUUAAAACUACUUCUUAUGAUAUCGAAAGAUACCUCAUUUGGGCCCAGACAGACAUUUUGUUUAUCACCAAUAAGAGAGAUGGUCUUUACAUGUCUCCGAUUGAGUAUAUUGUAGUCAGAGAUUUAGUUGGCAAAGCAAAGAAGUCUCUAGUUGUUCUCUCAGAAUUUGUUGGAAUCUCUAGGCUUCUCUCUGGAGCUUUAUGAUUUAACCCUUAUAAUAUUAGAGAAAUGUUGUGGUGCCUUGAGAAUGCUGUAGCUCAUUGAAUCUCUGGUGACACAGAGGAAAAAUUCAAGGGGAUGCUGACAUAUGUAAAUACGCAUCCCAUUGAUCUUUGGGCAUAUAAAUUUCUAAAAGAUAUCAAGUUUAUCAACGACAAGAGGAAGAUCCUUAUUGGCCAUGAAGGAAGGAAACUGCUCACUACUCAAAUUGCUAAUCAGAAAAAGAAAGAAUAUUUAAAAAGCAGGGAAUUUUUUAGGAAUUAUGGAAGCUCAAGAUCUCGAUUAAUAAUUUUUAUGGUGAACAAGAUCCAAGAAAUCCUUAUUGACAAGAACUCGGAAACUGAAUACGAAGAAGAGAGUGACGAUAUCAGUGACACUGACUUCUCUGAAGUCACUAUAGAUCUAAUUAAGAAAUUAUCAGAGGAUUCUCACAAUAAAAUUUGGGUGAUUUCUGCAGACACUAAGCAGAAAGUUCAUAAAGUCUUCUCAAAAAUUGAAAAUAUAGGGCUUGCAGCUGAGGAUGGAUAUUUUUAUAGGUGGAAUUCCAAAGGAAAUAAGGGCGAAAAUGAUUGGUCUACUUUCCUCAGAGAUGAAGACUGCAGCUGGAUCGAAUUAGUAACCACAGUUAUGAAAAACUUUACUGAUAGCACAGAGGGGUCUUACAUUGAAGAGAAAUAUUCUAUGAUAUCCUGGAAUUACUCCAAACUAGCUCCUGAUUAUGGUCUUGGACAAAUGAAAGAGCUAAAUACCUUACUUAAAGAGAUCUUCAAGAACUUUGACAUUCAGAUUAACAUGAGGAAGGGGAAGUUAGAAGUGAAGAGCAAGGUUGAGCCCAAGGACUUGAUUAUCAAAAUCAUGAACAAAAUGUCGAUGAUUUAUCCUAUUGAUUUUAUCCUUACAUUCGGAGAAGAAGAAAGGUACAAUGAGAUGCUUUCAUUCUUGGAUUACAAGAAGAACUUUUCCAGAUUUACCUCUUCAGUUUGCUCUACAGCAACAUGUGGGAUAAAGAACACGAAUUUUAUGCAGGACGUAUUGCUUAGACUUAUUGAAGAAAGCUCUGGAUAACCUUCCUCUCCAUUCAAUCCUGA